GGUAUUGGCUUUCUCUAUAAAGCACCUCCCCGCUCUGUGGCGUCGGAUUUUCCGGCAACUUUUCAGAACCCCCCACCGCCGCCGCCGCCCCUUGAUCUCGAUUCCCAAACCGCCCUUUUUCCUGCUGUGUUUCCAGCAGCUUUUAAUUUCCCCCUUUUUUGGAAUUUUCAUUUUUCUGGUCUUUUGCUGGUUUCUUGAAAAUCCGGCCAGGUUUAGCCGUUUCCCUCCGCCGCAAGCGGCUGAGCUCAUGAUCUCUUGUCUUCUAGUGGAGAAGAAGGGGAGCUGAUUUGGGCGACACGAAAGAUUCAAACUUUGGCAGUACUUUAGGGUACCCAAAGAAAAAAAAUAUGGAUUCUUUGAGCUUCUUUUUUCAACAUUAUCAAGAAAUUUGUAGGUAACAACAAGGCCUGUUUGUUGAGUCCCCAUUGACUUAAGCUCAGUUGAAAUUAGGGGCCUUUACUGAGGAGUAAAGGCACAGCGCAGUGCAGAAAGUCUUUCACUUUUGCAUUUUCAAGUAACUGAUUGAAGACGGAAAGAGAUUUGAAUCAUUUGAUUUGAUUCUUUUGGAUUCUGGUGGGGGAGAUAGGUUUGGGAUUCGGCAAAGAUUUGGGAUUUCUUCAUACUUUUUUCUGUAGAAAUGAAGGUUCCAUCAAAUGGGUACAUUGCAAAUCCAGGAGAAGAGAGGAAGGUGAUAAAUUCAGAGCUGUGGCAUGCCUGUGCCGGUCCGUUGGUUUCGCUGCCAGCUGUGGGGAGCCUUGUGGUUUAUUUUCCUCAAGGCCACAGUGAACAGGUUGCAGCGUCGAUGCAAAAGGAGACCGAUGGAAUUCCAAACUAUCCAAACCUUCCUUCCAAGUUGAUAUGCAUGCUCCACAGUGUCACCUUACAUGCUGAUACAGAAUCCGAUGAAGUGUAUGCUCAAAUGACUCUUCAACCUGUAAACAAAUAUGAUCAAGAAGCGUUGCUUAUAUCCGACAUGGGCCUGAAGCAAAACAGACAACCUUCUGAGUUCUUCUGCAAGACACUCACAGCUAGUGAUACAAGCACUCAUGGUGGUUUUUCUGUUCCUCGUCGCGCUGCUGAGAAGAUUUUCCCACCUCUGGAUUACUCGAUGCAGCCUCCGGCUCAGGAGAUAGUGUCCAGAGACUUGCAUGAUCAAACAUGGACUUUUCGACAUAUAUAUCGAGGGCAACCGAAAAGGCACUUAUUGACUACUGGAUGGAGUGUUUUUGUGUCCUCCAAAAGACUCUGUGCUGGUGAUGCUGUCCUUUUCAUAAGGGAUGAAAAGUCUCAGCUUCUGUUGGGUAUACGGCGCGCGAACCGGCAGCAACCCGCCCUUUCUUCAUCGGUCAUUUCCAGCGACAGCAUGCAUAUCGGUAUACUUGCCGCUGCUGCUCAUGCUGCCGCUAAUAACAGCCCCUUUACCAUCUUUUACAAUCCCAGGGCUAGUCCCUCUGAAUUUGUGAUCCCUCUUGCCAAGUAUAACAAGGCUAUGUACACUCAAGUGUCCCUAGGGAUGCGGUUUCGGAUGAUGUUUGAGACCGAGGAGUCCGGGGUCCGUAGGUACAUGGGCACCAUUACCGGCAUUAGCGAUUUCGAUCCCGUUCGUUGGAAAAACUCUCAGUGGCGCAAUCUUCAGGUGGGGUGGGAUGAAUCGACCGCCGGGGACCGUCCGGCUCGGGUAUCGAUAUGGGAUAUCGAACCGGUUGUCACACCUUUCUACAUAUGCCCUCCACCAUUUUUUAGGCCUAAGUUUCCCAGGCAGCCCGGGUUUCUGGGCGACGAGGGCGAUAUGGACAAUAUAUUCCGAAGAGGUGGUGGGGGGAUGCCGUGGAUCGGGGACGAGUUUGGCAUAAAAGACGCUUCGAGCUCCAUGUUCCCCGGAUUGAGCUUAGUCCAAUGGAUGAGCAUGCAACAACAGAACAUCAACCAAACAGGACUUUUAAACCAAACCAAUGGUUCGUUACUCGGUGGCGGCGGCGGUGGCGGCAUUGACAACCAGUCGCGGUUGAUGAACUUCCAGUCGCCCGCUGCUUUCCCCCAACAGAAUCUCCAGUUCAACAAACCCAACCAACUAAACCAGCCGCCGCCACAACUUCAACAACAGCAACAACAGAAUUUGAAUUUCAACGGUCUGAACAACGUCGUCAUUACCUCUAACUUGCCGCAACACCAGAACUUAACCCAAAACCAGAGUUUAACCCAAAACCAGAACCUGCCUCAUCUUCAGCAGCAGCAGCAGCAACAAUUGCUUACCGGAAACGUGCAGUUGCCGCCGCUGAACUCGCAAACGGCUAUCAAAACUGCGUUCCCAAACACGUCCUUACCUCAAGAAUUGCCGUUUCCGCAGCAGCAACAGCUGCAGCAGGCUUCUCCACUGCAGCAGUUGCUACAGCAGAGCUUAAUGCAGCAGAGGCCGCCGCCGCCGCCACUACAAACACAACAGAACAACCUCACUACUGAUCAGCUCCAACUACAGAUGCUACACAAACUCCAACAACAACAACAACAGCAGCAGCAGCUCUUGUCUCCGGUUAGCUCAAACUCGAAUGUGGACCCACUUAUUCCGCAACAGCAACAAAGCCGCCAGCUUUCGCAACCUCUGCCGCCGCUCCAAUCUCCGAAAUUCCCAGCGAACCAACAUCCUCAGGGCCCGCAAAAGCCGCCGCCGCCGCCGCCGCAGAAAGCUCACUCUGGGCUCACUGAUGGAGACAAUCGGCUGCGGUCAAGCUCGCCCUCCACGAAUAACUGCCAGGUGUUUCCAUCCACCUUCAUGAACAGGAACAACCACCACCACCACCACCAACAACAACAACCACCACCUCAGAUUGUGCUAUUAGAUGAUGACUCCAUAGUCGAGCCACCUCAAAAGUGCGACGUUCCGCCGAAACGUGACUUGCCCAUCGUGUCCAAAGGGACAGACAACAACUUGGACGCGGCGUCGUCCGCGACUUCAUACUGCUUGGACGCCAGUGGGCUCCACCAGAACUUCUCCUUACCCGGCGGGUUCUGUUUGGAUGGGGCGGACAUCCAGUCCCAUUCCAGGAACAGCAUGCCUUCUUCCACUGCUAAUAUCGAUAGCCUUCCGCCGGAUGCUUUGCUGUCAAGGGGUUAUGACUCUGGGAAGGAUAUGCAAAACCUGUUUGCCACUUAUGGUAACUCUCCUCCUAGGGAUAUUGACACUGAGUUGUCCAGUGCUGGGAUCCAUUCUCAGUCGUUUGGGCUGCCCAAUAUGUCUUUCAAAGCUGGCUGUUCCAAUGAUGUUGCGAUCAACAAUGAGGCUAGCGUCCUGAAUGGUGGGGCCAGUUUGUGGACCAACCAGACUCCGCGCAUGCGAACCUACACCAAGGUUCAAAAGCGAGGAUCGGUAGGGAGAACGAUUGACGUGACACGUUACAAGGGGUAUGAUGAGCUAAGGCAGGAUCUGGCGCGCAUGUUUGGGAUCGAAGGCCAAUUAGAAGAUCCACAAAGAACAGAUUGGAAGCUUGUCUAUGUAGAUCACGAGAACGAUAUAUUGCUCGUUGGUGAUGAUCCUUGGGAAGAGUUUGUGAGCUGUGUACAAAGCAUAAAGAUACUGUCUACUGGAGAAGUGCAGCAGAUGAGUUUGGAUGGAGAUCUUGGGCCUGGUCCAAAUCAAGCUUGCAGUGGGACCGAUAGCGGUAGUGCAUGGAGAUGAUGAUGAUGAUGAUGAUGAAACUACUAUACACCCCAACUACUAGUACCUGCAAACAUUCUUUUAAAAACAUGUGAAAGUUUCAAGAUUCAGAGGCUAACUGGGUAAUAUGCAUUUUAAUGUUUAAAAGCCCUUUUUUCCAAAGCUGGUAAUGGAGUAGCUGGGACAUACAUAUCAAUAUAAACAUAAAUAUAAAUAUAUAUGUAUACUUUGAUUGAGCAGCAAAAAGACUCAACAUGAAGAUCUUGAAGCACUUUCAUUUGAAGAUUUGUUUUUGCUGGGAAAUGUAAAGCUGCUUUCAGAGCAGAAGAGGGAUUUGCAUUUGUAUAAUGUUUUGUCCAGUUUUUAGGUUUUUGUUUGUGCCCCUCCACAAGUGUUUUUUCUUGUCCUGAAACCUGGGAAGGAAUGAAUAUCUCUAGACCACUUUUGAACAUGUGU